UUUAAAAACCGGAACUCCUAUUCCCAUUCCAGUCGAAUUUUAGCUUGACUGUACAACCCGAGUUAGGUGGCGGAUUCAGUCUUGUUUUUCCUGCUUCUUUCGUAAUUACGUGGUAAAGGUUCAUCUUCGGUGGGACGCGACAUCAUCAUAAAUAUGCCCAAACACGAGUUUGCGGUGGCCAUGACGUGUGAAGGAUGUUCAGGCGCUGUUAGCCGGAUCCUCAGCAAGUUGGAAGACGUCAAAUUUGAAAUUGACCUCCCGAAUCAACUUGUCUGGAUCGAGUCAGACAAGGACGCGGACGUUCUGCUGGAGACGCUAAAGAAGUGCGGCAAACAGGUCACGUACAAGGGCAUCAAAUAAACACAGAUCACAAUGUAAUCCGCGAACAUCAUGGUCCAAGGGGAAUCCAGUCCAACCUCAUCAGUCAGCCUAUCCAUUACUACAGCAAACAGAAAGGGGCUCAGCGCGGAUCACUGAUGCAGGCCCACCUCCACCUUAAAUUCUUCUGACACAACUACGGCACAUCUCACCGCUGUUCUGCCAACCUCAUACAUCAUGUCCUGUCCUAUUCUAACAUAUUUCUCCCCCAAACUGGACUUGCGCAUGCAGUACCACAGUUCCUCUCUUGGUACUCUGUCAUGGGCUUUCUCUCGGUCUACAAAGACACAACGUAGCUCCUUUUGACCUUCUCUGUACUUUUCCACCAGCAUCCUCAAGGCAAAUAAUGCGUCUGUGGUACUCUUUCUAGGCAUGAAACAAUGCUGUUGCUCACAGAUACGUACUUCUGUCCUGAGUCUAGCCUCCACUAAUCUAUCCCAUAACUUCAUUGUUUGGCUCAUCAUCUUUAUUCCUAUGUAGUUUCUACAGUUCUGUACAUCGCCUUUGUUCUUAAAAAUGGGGACUAGCACUUUUCCUCCAUUCUUCUGGCAUCUUCUCUCCUGCUAGUAUUCUAUUGAAUAAGUUGGUCAAAAACUCCACAGCCACCUCUCCAAAUUGCUUCCAUACCUUCACCGGUAUGUCAUCGGGACCAACUGUCUUUCCAUUUUUCAUCCUGUUCAGUGCCUUUCUAACUUCCCCCUGACUGAUCAAUGCCACUUCCUGGUCAUUCACGCUCGCCUCUUCUACUCUACCUUCUCUCCCAUUUUCUUCAUUCAUUCACUUCUCAAAGUACUCUUUCCAUCUCAAGACUGAAGCGUGAACCCGCAGUUAUUACAUUGCAUACUCAUUCCUAGUAUGUGAUAUGAUAAGACUAAAAUUGGAUUGAAGAAAAAAAAAGGAUUGCCACUCCCACAAAGUGUAAACAGAGAUUGAAACGAAAUUAAUUUAUUAAAACACACUUUUAAAGUAUACCUUAAUGCCUGUUCACACCUUGUCAUUGUCAAGUCAUGGAUUACAUUACUAGGAAGAAAGGGUGGGGGCUUGGGGUGGGGUGACUGGAUCACAAAUAUUGGGGAAGGGUGCUAGCUUCAAGCUGUUUGUUUACUACCAGUUGAGGUUCAGUUUAAAGCUGACAUACUACAAAAAUCAAAUCAAAUUAUUAUUUUUUUUGACUUGACGACACUAAUUUCAUGCUCACACACAAUAGAAUUGCCAAUGGAAAUAUGCGUGGAUGGGAAUUAUAAACCUUUCAACCACAACAGAUACAACAAAAUGUAUCUUUUUGUAUAGCUUUAAAUUAGACACCCAAAUAUUCAUCCAAACCUUACAAUUUUGUUUCAUAAAAGUAUCAUAGCACAAUGCUAACAGGCUACAAGACGCCAUUGAAGUGCUAUGACAAAUUAGCAUCGAUGUUACAGUAAUUAUAAACCUUUCAACAACUGCUACUGUAACACAUGGAGGAGCAAUGGAUACAACAAAAUAUCUGUUUUGUAUAUAUUUAAAUUAAACACCCAAAUAUUCAUCCAAACUAUAUAAUUUUGUUUAGUAAUUAAUUAAAUCCAGGUUGAAAACAUGCUCUUUAGAAUAUAUCAGCUUUUUGAUCAUAUUGCAUUGUAUGUGAUUUUUUUUUUUUUUAAUGUUUGUCAUUUUCAUUGUUUUGAUCACAUUUGACAUGUUUUAUCUCUUUGUUUUCAAAUGCCUUUAAUCAUUCAAAGCACAUUGAGUUACCUCGUGUAUGAAAUGCGCUAUACAAAUAAAUUUGCUUUGCUAAUAAAAGUAUCAUAGCAUAAUGCUAACAGGCUACGAGACGCCAUUGAAGUGCUAAUACAAAUUAGCAUCGAUGUUACAGUAUUUAUAAACCUUUCAACAACUGCUAUUAUAACAUGGAGCAGCAGCGGAUACAACAAAAUGUAUCUGUUUUGUAUGCAUUUGAAUUAAACAUCCAUAUAUUCAUCUAAACCAUAUAAUUUUGUUUAGUAAAAGUAUUAUAGCUUGAUGCUAACAGGCUACGAGACGCCAUUGAAGUGCUAAUACAAAUCAGUAUUGAUGUUACACAACACAAACUACUGUUAAGAAAAUUUCACACCACCUAAAUUAAAAAAUGUACAUAACCAAUUCAUUUUUACCUCUGGGCAAGCUCCCAAAAAUCCUCACAUCAACUUGGGCGUAAACGACGAGUACAGUGACAGGCAUGUCACCUAACUGCUUGCUCUUUCUUUCGUGUGCCAUUUCUU